CAAUCACCCCCGACACUCAAUCAUAUCCUGUGUGUCCGUCUCCUCUGCCCCCUUCCUUCUUAUUCCAGCAUGUUUCCCUCCUGCUGUAAGACUUUGCAGCCUCAUUCCUCACCCACAGCAUGUCUGCGGCUGCUCCUUAACCAUCCCAUCUGCUGCAAUCCCCAGAUCGAGUAGGGGCCUCCAUAUAAUGACCUACCUGCUGCCUCUCUUUGCACUACUUCCCCGCCUCAUUUCUGCUGCGGCUACGACUACUGCUACCACUGCUGGCUCCAAAUCCCAAGAGCAAUCCAUCUUCCCUCGCCGCAAAGGUCUGCCCACCACACCAGACCUGAAUCGAUCCCUGCUGGCCAUCCAAAUCGGAGGCAUUGUCGGCGCCUACGUGAUCUUUGUGGCCAUUCUCCUCAGUCUGCUCCUCUUCGUGGGCCGCCGUCUGCGACGAGCCGUCCUCGCCUCCAACUUCUCCCUCCAGGUCGAAAUGAUGAAGCCAGUGAAACCGCCUCCGAGCAUGGACCCCAGUCCCAUCACCCCCAUCUCCAUCAGCCUGCCCAGCCCGGGCCCCAGAAGCUUCGGCCGGUCCUGGAGCAGCCUGGGCAAGGCCCCUCGCUCCCAGGCUCACAUCUCCGGGAACAACAGCGUUGCCACCAUCGACGAGUCCAUCGUGGCAUCAGACCGCCGCAAAGCACAAGAAGACCUCGAGAUGCUCUAUGCCGCGGUGAUGGAGCAUGACGCCCAGAAAGAAGCCGAAGCCGAAGCCGCCGCCUCCUCCACCACGCCCACAACCGCCCGCGGCGCCAACAACCAACACCAUCAUCCCCCCGACGAAGAGAAAGAUAUCCCCUCACCAGACAGCAUCCCCACCAACCCCUUCACAGACCGAUCAUCGGGGCCCGGCUCUACAGCCAACAACUCCCCGCUCCCCCUCCCCCUGAGCCCUCGAGCCAGCAGCUCACGUCUAUCCCGCAUCUCCUCGCUCUCCCUCUUCAACCUCAAAUCCGACUCCCGGCAGCAACAACCCCAGAUCCCACUCCAGAACCAACAACCCCAACCCUCCACCCCCUCCAGCAAGCUCCGCUCCCCGCGCCCUUCCCCCUCCGCAAACUCUCCAUCUCCUCCCCCAUGGCCUCCCCCUCCUACCCCGAAACCCAACCCCCCUCACACCCCGCCACUACAACCCCGCGCGGCCCCCACCCCUCAAACACUCACCUCCCCCAACCCCCGACUCCCCGCGACCCCUACACCAACACCACAACCACAAUCACAACCCAGGCCCUCCCUCCUCCCACCUCCCGCGCCCCGCCCCUCCCCACUAACGCUAACGACCCCCACGAGCGCCAACAACCCUGACCGCAGCUCCUCGUCCCUCCCCUUCCGCGACGCCUACCCGCUGCAAAGCGCGCCCGCCACCAAGCUGACCGUGCUCGAACGGCCCGUCAAGCCGCUCAACGGGCCCCGCACCGGCAUCCCCACGCCCUAUAGUCCCUACAUGCCGUUUACCCCCGUCACGCCGUUGACCCCCAGUCGUAUGGUCACGAAGCGGCAGCGCAGACGCGAGGGGAAGGAGAGUGGGCUGAAGGUCCUGAAUGAGGAUGAUAUGGUUAGGGAUGAUGGGGAUAUGUGGGGGUAUUAG